CCCCGCGUGCGCACGCGAUCUCGAAAGUGAAAAUUAUAAAACGAAAAUGAUAGUGCUCAUACUGACUUUUUGUACACUCUGUGCGGCUAAUGAUUUUAACUACAAUGAAAGAAUAAAAACGUACCAGCUCGAAGUUCCGGGAAAGGAACCGAUAACUAUUAUUGAAGAUAAAUCCAGUGAUGACUUGGAUAAGUUCGAUUUAACCGAAGUGGAGUUAUCAAAAGAUGACGCUGAUAUUAAAGAUCUUAUGGACCACAUAGUUUACGAUAAGCGGAGGUGCUAUGGGCCGUCGUGUCAGGAAGGGUUUGUCGCGAACGAAGGACCGCAAGGAGACCUGGAAGAUUUUGUAGAGGAUGAGGAUAAAUUGAAGGACUUCCAUGAUUUUCCAAAUGAAAGGUUGCAAGCCAUCGCCGCACUGGCUGCUAAAUUGAAGAAACAGAAACUCAAACCUGACAGGCUGUCCAUAUCAUCAUCCGACGAGGAAGAAGACGACAGCAAAGUGUACACCUCCUGGAAUCGUGUGAAAGUGAAGCAACACAAGCAUCCCUACGACGAUAAAGACGGAUGGGUUACCCUGGAACCAGUCGCUUGGUCAACGAGUAAAAUUUCAAAAUGGAAACCUAACAUCAAAAAGCACAAGCCGCAAACUUACUGGAAUGAAGAUGAUGGGAACAAAUAUCCUGACGACGACAGAUAUCCUUCGCAGGGUCAAGGUAACACAUAUAAUAAUUAUUAUCCUCAGAAAAAGCCUAUACUAACCCGUCCAGGAUACAUUAAUAAUAAGUUGCACAUCCCUGAGGAAUAUGAGUCGGAGCUACCAUCCAGACCAACUUGGACUAUGAAUAAGCCGCAGUCAAGUUUCCAACACUCCAUGCAAAACAUGCAACCUGUGCACAAUAUUCAAUCUAUGCAUGACCUUCAAUCCUCGUGGUCACCUGAUGACAGCCGUCGUCCCUACCGACCAAACUGUGAUAAAGACGAAGGUUACUCCAGCGAUGACAAUAUAUACUAUGGUGCAUCAGAUUCCGUGGUAACUGAUUCCCGACCCACCAACUAUCCAUACGAGUAUGAGGCUCUUCACCAGCCCUUCUCCCAGAAAAGACCCCUAAGGCGACCAACGCAAGUCAUUUACACUGGCACAUCUGAUAUGGACGAUGACAGAUCUUCUAGGCCACCAAAUGGCGACGGCCAGUGGAUCCUACUAUCAACCACCAAAGGUUACAAGAAUAAGAAGAGACAAAGAAGUUUAAAUGAGGCCGAAGAUAAAGUGGACUCACCAACGCUCGUAUCACAUCAGGCAGUGGCUUUGACGGUCUUACCCAUGGACAAAUCGCACCAAAACAUGACGACAUCUCACGGCGGCCUCUUAGAAGUGGAAAAGAGCUUCCAGACUGUUGAAGAGUCCAAACGUGAUAUGGACCUGAAGAAUGACCUAGAAAUGGCAGCAUCUCAGAACAAACCUGUGAGGCAUAAGUACUAUAAGAAGAAACUCAUCGCUAGUAGCAAUUAUAAGCCUGAUACCUCUACUGUUCUAGCAGCGGUAGGUGCAGGCAUGGUACCAGCGGCUAUGGCCAUGGUAGUACCUAUGAUGCUGGGGAAGAGACGAAGACGAGACGUCAUAACACAUGAAGAUUACAUAAACGAGUAUUUAGAUAAAUUACAAUAGGCACACAAAUAAGACUAGUUUAUAAUUUAAUUUAUUGUUAGU